AUGAGUUAUAAAACAGAACGCGUGGGGUCGGGAGACGAGUCCGACAAAGAAGUGUUUUCUGACACACCAGGACACAGUGUACCGACGACUGCGGAGCUUUCAAACUUCAGCGUGACUAACUCUCCGCGUACUGCAGGAGGAAGCCCGUUUAGGUCGUGGUCUAGAGACGCAAGUGCCCGAAGAGAACGGCGUGCUGCGCGUCUGCAGAGCAUUGAAAUCUUGCGGGCCAAAUUGGCAGGGUCUCCCAAUGCCAGCUCUGAAGAAGAACAGCAGGAGCAGCUGGAUAUUGACAAGACACUGAAUAUAUUACCUGUGCCAAAUUUUACCAUCAGAAGCACAUGGAGAGGCACUAAUGACGUGCCUCCGGGCAAGCAUACAAAUAAUAUAGGCACGUCUGCUUCAGAAUUCAAUGAAAUAGACAACUUACAGAAACAGUUGACGGAUUGCAAAAUCCAACUGAGAUUACAGAAGGAGUUGCUGCUGGAGCGAUACGGUGAAGAGAGCUCAGCAAUGGAGUUUCUGAAGCGUCAGUUUGAAAAUAGUGACGACCAUAGAGAAACUGAGCACUUAAGGAAGCAGUUUGACGAUCUCGUGAAGGCUUUCGAGGAGCUACAGAGUCAACUGGAGGUUUUACAGCGGGAUCAUCAGGACUGGAAAUCAAUGGCUGACCAAAUCCUAGACGUGAUCGAUGAGGCAGGCGGGGAUACUACCGUAGUCGAACGAGCGCGCAAAGGAGGGUUAAGUGCAAAGUUGAGAGCUGUGGGGUUGGAAACAGAGCGACUAGCUCAAAAAAUUAACUCAAGUAGGGGACAGGAAUUUGUGGAAAUUAGUGGGAAGGAUUCAAUAAUCAAAGGAACGGAACAUGACGAAACAUUGCUUGAACGAUUAGAUGAGUUAGAAACUAAGACUCAUCAAUUGGCUGAUGAGAAGUUGCAGGUUGAGAAGCGUAGUAGUGAGCUGGAAAAAGAGAAUAACCGGCUGAAAGACGAACUUCAGAGGCUGAAUCUACUGGAGGAGGAAAAUCGGACUUUGAAAGAUAUGGAAAGCAAAUUUGAAGAGCUCAGGAUUCAAAAGUCUCAACCAGAUGAAAGAAUUUUGGCCAUGGAAGCUCGACUCAAAGAUUACGAGGGUCUCCAAGCUAUAUAUGAAGACACUAAGAGCAAAUUUGAUGUUUUGCUAGAGGAGAAGGAAAACAUUCAAAUGCAACUUUCAGAGGCACAGCGACAACUACAAGCCAUUGACGAUCGCGAGAUCGACCCUGAUAAAACUAGUCCUGAAGAACUCAAGGAGUAUGUUGCGAAAUUGGAAACUGACCUCAAUUCGGCGCUGGUCAAGCAAAGACAGCUAAAUUCGGAGAAAAUCAAGCUCAAUUACCAAAUUGACGAGCUAAAGUCGCUAAUACGUUCACAUGAGGAAAACGCCCUUUAUGCAGAACAAAAAUGGCAGGACUACCUUACCAGUGAUGUUAAUUUUCAGACUCAUUUAAUACAAAUUCUCAGCGAGAUAUUGGAUAAACAAUCAAUCCGGGAAGCUGCCGCAAAGAUAUUACAGUUGGCCAACAGAGACGAACUCCAGCUUAACGAAACAGAUACGAAAAAGCUAUACGAAACGAUUUUUGAGUACGACCUGGCUGCCGUGCGAACAAUUGUGGCCGACCAUGCUGAAUUAAAUAAAAAAGCGUCUACAGAUCAUGCUCCGGUAGCAGACGAGUCGCUUAAAUUACGGAUUGAAGAAUUGACGAAAAGAUGGAAGCAUGCCGAAGAGACUCUUGCGUUUGAGCCUGGAACGUGAAAAUAAAAAAUUACGCCAAUAGAACUAAUCUAGAAUUUAAUCUUGCAUUUCAUCGUCGCUGCUCUCGCCUUCUUCGCCCUCUUCCUCGGCAUAUUUGACAGCCUCGUCGAAUAGCUCCUUCGGCACAAGCUGGUGUAGGCCGUUGGUUUCACUUUUACUAGCCCACGUAAUUUCCAAUUCAAAAUCUUUGUCCUUGUUGUCCUCGUGGGCCAAAUAUAUGAUUCUUGCAGCCUCCUUAACGGCCUCUCUAGCUGUGAUGUUGGGCAAAUCCAAUUUUUCCAGCUCGCUUUUGGCCGUUUGUCUGCCCUUCCCUGUAGCAGCACCGUAAUAACCCCAGUAGGUGCCGCUUGGCUCGACCAUGUACAGGUGUGCACCAUCGUCGUCUAAGCCACCAACAAUUGCAUUGAUGCCAAAUGGUCUCACAGAGUUGUAGCACGUGUAUGCUUGCACAUAGUAUCCGAGCCGGUCUAUUAAUCCUGGAAGGCCAAUUGGCUCUUUGUAAAGCGAUUUGAAAGACUGAGCCUCAUCACGACCACGGUUUACAAAAUGUCUUCCAUCUGGUAUGAGUCCGGAAUACACAACACCCACAUGCCUGUCUAUGGUUUGAAUGCGCUUGUUUUUGCCCGGAGCCAACAGCUUUGAUGCAAUUAUCUUCUCGGUGGCCAGCACAAUCCCGUCUUUGCACCGGAUCCCAAUCGAAGUUCCUGCAUUCUCCACCGCUUUCGAAGCAUAUUCCACCUGGAAAUUUCUCCCAUCUGGGGAGAAAAUCGAAUUCGACAAGUCGUAGCCUGUACCAAUGGAUGU